AUGUCAGGCCUAGCACAUGAAACAUGCGAAGUCGAGGUCAAAUUGAUGCUAUUUGAAGAUGCGGUUGAGCAUUGUGACACUAUUCUUCCACCACCUCCCCCCCUCCUCUCCACCCAAUCCUCCCCAUCUCACUCUGCCUCCGGGACCUCUCGGUCCAUAGGCCAACAGUUGGUGGCCUCUCAGGGCUUCUGGGGCCUUAUGAUCGUCGCGGCUGUGUUCCUUGCUGCUGGUGCCGGCUAUUUGCUUUGGAAGAGGCCAGCCUCCGAGGGCGAGGAUUAUGAGGAUGCCUCCCCCAAAGAUGUCACUGUGGGCGAGCAGCCCAAGGGGACCCGCGAGGAGAUCACCGAAGGGGAUGAUGUCGAAGCCCAGACCCCCAAGACCCCCAAGACCCCCCCGCGCCCUCCACCACACCCAAGAAGAAGAACAAGAGGCUGGGCUCCGCAAAAAUCGCCAGCCUCAGUACCGUGGAGCGCAACACCGCCCAUGGUGUGA